AUUAAUGUUCUCGCAAGGUCUCUCGAUAUAGACUACCUGAGCUACGGUGCCCUCCUCACCGGUCUCAAGAGCGCCUCUGUCCACGACGCCGUUGCAGAGCGAGGCUAUGAUAUACAAACCAACUUCCUCGGCAUCCCGCCCCACCUCGGAUUCUUCUCGCAAUGGGCACCUUCUCACACGCGCCGCGUCGAGGUGUCCAUGUUCGUAAGAUGGGCGCAAUUCUUUGUGUGGGCUCUGUCCUAUGCAUUGGUCUGUAGGCUGCUGGGAGGAGGAACGAGCUUGCUGAGGCGGCAAUUUUUGCGAGUUUCAUCUUUCUUCAAGCUGCGAAAAUUUGGGUACAUAUGUACCGUAUAUUGGAAACCGUCCCUAUAG